AUCUACAGUUAGCCUUCAUCGCCAAAUUUUAUCUCUUCCUGCAACCAUUUUCCGUUGCUACAUCCAUUUUCACAGCUUCAAAACAAUCAGAACUACAAAUAACUACAUAUCUGAUGAGUUCGUAUAGGAACCCUUCAGCUAAAAAGCAGAAACACGAGAAAAGGGAGGUUUUAGGAGUGAGUUUCAGGCCCGAAAACUUCAUCCCGGGCCUCAUUAUUGGCUUCAUAUGUGGGUUCUUUUUGGACUUGGCUAAGCCCGCAAAAGGUCCGAGUGGCAGGAAAAUUGGGAGCUCACCAGCAAGCAAAAAUCAUCAGCAGCCAAGAAUUGCGUCUAGCAACAAUGAGGAAGAGCUUAAAAUGGUUUUAGUAGUUAGGCAAGAUCUGAAGAUGGGAUCCGGAAAAAUUGCCUCCCAAUGUGCUCAUGCUGCUACUGGCAUGUAUGCAGAUCUCGUGCAAAGCAAUAGAUCUCUUCUGAGGCAAUGGGAGCUCUGCGGCCAAGCCAAGAUAGUCGUUACGUGCAAAAACCAGCAAGAAAUGAAUAAGAUAAAGGAUGCUGCUGAGACCAUUGGCCUCCCGACUUUUACCGUUGCUGAUGCAGGACGAACUCAGGUUUCUGCUGGCUCGAAAACUGUCCUUGCAGUCGGACCUGGGAAUAAAUCAGCUGUGGACUCUGUAACAGGGAAGCUGCGGUUGCUUUGACAUCGGUGUCUUUUCUUUGUGUAGCUUUGUUUGAUUUCUAACUGCUGUGGUUCAGUUGUCAAUCUUGAUAUUCUUAUUGGCUUUUCAGUUUCUGAGAGAAUCUUCAUCUUUUACUACAAAACAAUGUAUUUUGGCCUAUUAAUUUUGCUGAUUUAACACAAUUUAAACAAAAAUAAUAAUUGCAAUAGUUUGAAUUUGUUGCAAAUUAUUUUAUCACAGUAAUAAAUAUACUUCCUCUAUUUACGUUGAAUAUAACAGCCAACGCAAAUCCUGAAGUCCAACAUGCGUAGCGCAGAGUACCAUCGCUGCUAAGCUUCUAAUGCCUCUCCAAAACCCUCUCUUCGUUUUGGCUAGUCCUCAAUAAUGGCGCCUCGCUGCAGAACGAUUUCAAGGCCGGCAAUGAGCUUUCUCAAAUCAUCAUUCUCGAAGCCCUCAAGCACACCCAUGUUCUCCGCUCAAUUGGCCCGCCUCUCUUCACCCCCAUUUUCUAGGCCAUUGCCCCAAAUGGCUAUGCUCCAGUCUCUGCUACCUCUCCACUCAGCUUUGUCGUCAGCUCGACUAACCUCUUGUCUAGGCAUGGACACCAAAGGCUGCAGAUCUUUGUCUCAGGGAAUGUGCUGCAACCUGCCUACCACCUGAUUAGUUAGGCUUCCUGUGUCAUUUGCGGCUCUCAAGUUUUGAAACUAGGUCUCUCUGUGCCGCGAUGAGAGAGGAAAUGCAAUAAAGGUUGAAGAAAGAUACUCCCUCCGUUUCUUCAUAGUUGAGUCAUUUUUCUAUUUCGGGAAGUUCCUUUAUAGUUGAGUCAUUUCCAUAUAUGGAGGGUUGGAAGCUGGAAGUUCGCCGGGUGAAAUUGGCAAAGCAUGCAGAGAUCAGAAACUUCGCCCGGUCGGGCGAUUAUGAGCUUCAAAAACGCCCGGUCGGGCGAAACGCGUAAAAGCAUGAGGAGAGUCCAGAAAGUUCGCCCGGUCGGGCGAUUCUUCAAGACACAAAACGCCCGGUCGGGCGUUUCCCGCGAGCCAUCCAGAAGCCUUUCGCCCGGUCGGGCGAUUAUCCCUUCUAAUUUCGCCCGGUCGGGCGUUUGGUGGUUCAACUGCAUUUCAGCAGUUUUCUCGGCAGUUUUGCUGGGGGAAAAUAAAAAGAAAAAGGAAACGGAUGGUGCAGGGGGGAGAAGAAGCGAGGCUAGAGGGAGAGCACGUCAGAAAGGAAUUGAGAAUUGGAGAAGCACGAGUUUGAAGAAGGAAGAACCAAGUCAAACAUUUCUUGGAUUUGUAUUCCAUGGUUUUAAUUGUUGUCUCUCCAUUUAUUAUUUUCUCUAGUGUGGAAAUGCUAGGCUAAGAACUCCAUUGUUGCUCCAAACAUGUAGAUGGAUUAAUUAAUUGUUUGAUUUAUACUAUGUUCUUCUUUAUCUUAUGAUCGUCUUCAUCA